AUGACCAACAAAGCUCAAACUCGGUUUCUAGGUGACAAGCACGACUGCUACUUCGCGACGGACCCUCGUGUAAACAAGGAACUUGCGGCGUCGCUCCAAGGCAAAAAUAUUGUCUGCGCCGGUGCCGGACGAGGUGUUGGUCGGGCUUGCGCUGAGUUCCUGACCUACGCCUCGGCCAAGUCGAUCAGCCUGGUGGCCCUGGAGCUGGAGGAAGUCGAGGAGACGGCCAAGUUGUGCAAGGACAUCAAACCCGAAAUUAAGACUAAGGUAGCCGGCUUCGACGUCAAAGACAGCGAUGCUGUAAAUAAGUUCAUUAAGGAAGUCGACCAAGAGUUCGGCAGUGUCGACGUAGUGCUGAUGAACGCCGGCCGGCCGCCCCAGUGGCUGCACACCGUCGAAUGUGACCCGGAUAUCUGGUGGGAUACGGUUGCUGUCUCUCUGCAGGGCGCGUUCAACUUCGCCCGCUUUGCCCUGCCCAUCAUGCAGCGGCAGAAGAGUGGCGUCAUCAUCUUCACCUCGAGCGCCGGGGCUCACAGCAACAUCCGCCUAGGCAGCUACACCAUGGGCAAGCUAGGCAUGAUUCGGCUAGCGGAGAUCCUGCACCAUGAGAACUUCAAAGAUUACAACAUCAAGGCCUUUGCGUACAACCCGGGCCGCGUGGAGACGCGGUUUUUCACCGACUUCCGGGACAAGGUCCAAGGUAAAUCUAAUCCCGGGAGCUACGUGAUCGAGGGCGUGCCCAACGAAGACAAGUCGGCAGAGACGGUUGUCAAGGCCUUUGACGGCGUCACCUGGGACACCCCUCAGAUGGCGGCCGGCCUGGUGACGGUAUUGGCCAGUGGUAAGCUCGACUUCAUGUCUGGACGAUACCUCGAUGCCUCACGAGAUAUCGAGAAAUACAUCGAGGAUGAAAAGACUAUCCGGGCCAAUGACCUACACCGGGUGCGCCUUCAUGUUGCGGAUGAUUGGUUCGUUCCGACGUUGGAUUUUUAA